CUUGCAUAUCUGUCAGAGGCAAUUGUCUGAUUUUCCCCUUCGGCUCCUCCGCCUGCGCGCGUCCCUUCCCCAGCCAUCAUGCGCCACCGCCUCCGCCGCCGCCGGUGAACUCUUUUAAUUUAUAAUUUAUCCGCCGGUAAUCAGUUUGUAAAUCGGCCAAACAAUCUUGGUACUCUUUUGGUGAGAUUGUCAGGGAUUUUGCAGCGUCGCGAUAACUUCCAUUUCCCUGAGCUUGCGAGGAUCUAGGUUUCGAUCAUCCGAAAUCAAGUGUAGGGGAUCUCCUAGCUUAGGAAUGAAGAGGGCGGCAUAUUUUGGUGCUGUUCCUCAAGUGCAGGAUCAGUGGCCUAUCAAAAAAGCACUCACACUCUCUGAUGUUGAUAUCACCCAUCCUUUCCUGACGUUGUCGAGGCAACAAGUUGAAUCUCAUAUUGUAAUGUACAUGACACCCCAGCAGCAGGAACAUUUGAGAUCUGAUGGCCAAGUGGGCCUUAAUGCUCAGGAUGACGAUACGGGUGAGAUGUAUUUAAUGAAAUUAAAGUGGCGCGGAAGCUAUUACAAUCUCAUUGGGAAGUGGGGAAAAGUUGUCCGUGGAAAGGGACUAGAUGUCGGGCAGGAAAUCAGGCUCCGCUGGUUUAAUGGUUGUCUGCACUUUUCAGUUCCUCAGCAGCUGAUUCUUCCUGUUCCGGUUCCUCCUGUCCGAAUGGUUGCUGCACCAUUGGUGCUAGACCACUGGCCAAUUAGAAAAGUCUUGACAUCAUCCGAUGUCGAUCCUAACCACCCCUUUCUUCCCCUGCCCCGUAAGUCUGUCGAAGAGCAUAUUCUGGUGCACUGGCCGCCGCAAGAAAGGGAAAGAUUGAGAAAAGAAGAGCACGUGUCGAUAAAUGCUUUAGAUUUUGAUACUGGCGAGACUCAUGGAAUGAAAUUGAAGUGGCGGGGAAAUUACUACAACCUCAUAGGGAAAUGGGGGAAUAUUAUCAGACAUAAAGGACUCGGGGUUGGGCAAGAAAUCAGAAUACGGUGGACUAAUAAUUGCUUGUGCUUCUCAGUUCCCGAGGAACGUUAUGUUGCAGCUGCAUCUGGUUAUGAUGACUGGCCAAUUAAGAAAGCCCUUACAUUGUCGGACGUGGACACCAAUCACCCGUUCCUCACAUUGCCGGGAAAAGCUGUAGAAGAUCAUAUCCUCGUCUACUGGACACACCAAGGCCGGGAGCAACUGAGGAACGAUCUCCAAGUUAGCAUCAAUGCCCGGGACGAUGAUACAGGUGAAAUUUAUGUGAUGAAAUUAAAAUGGCGUGGAAGUUAUUACAAUCUGAUCGGUAAAUGGGGUAAAAUCAUCAGAGAAAAGAGGCUCCAAGUUGGGCGAGAGAUCAGAGUUCGCUGGGACAACGGAUACUUGAUUUUCUCCGUUCCCCAAUGAUCAUGCCGUCGUAUACAGAGCUCUCCCCAUUAAUUUCAUUAAUAUUCUUAUCGUCAUCUGAAGCUGGAAGGGAGUAUGAUCGUUUAAAUGUGUUCUUUUUUUUCUUGCACAUAGUUCUGCUUCUUGGGGAUUAUAUUUAGGUUUACCUGUGGUUAAUUAGACGAUCGACAGCAGAAUUUGUACGAGAUUCUGUGCUCUUUGUUUGUGGCGGAUAUGGAUAUGGAUCGGAUCGGAUGAAUUUUCGUCUUUGUGUUUUUGAACUGUAAACUACUCAGCUGGGCUAGCCUUCUUCUACAAGUGAAAUCUCCAGGUAUGAUUUUAAGAAAAUAUUUUCUGUGUAAUUAAAAUUGAGGCUGGGAUAGAUAUCCUCAUCUUAUACUUCUCUGUUUAGAUUAACCACAUUCAAUGGAAAUUCCAAAUUAAUGGACUUGCAUUUGCCUUGUUUUAA